CAUUUCUCUGACUACAAGUGAAUGCAACAGUAUCGAAACUGGUCCUCAUCUGACCCACUGGAAACUCAAAGGACCUCCGUUUUGGGAGCAACUGCCAAUUGGAGUGAAGCACUAUAUCCAGUUUCUUGGAGUAGCAUUCCCCUUUAAACCCCCAGCCCUACUGAAAGAUAUCCCAUUGUCUUAAGUCCACCCAUCUGUGGGGGUGGCCCUGUGAAAGUUUGCAGAAGAAAUUUUUAAGCUGUCACUGGCUGUCGGUAGGAGACUGAUGGAGGACGGAGGGGGCAGCUACUCGUAAGCAAACACCGACCAAACUAACAAGUUAAAAAGACAAAACAAAAACGCCCCGUGGAGACAGACGAUGUUCAGGCCUAAAUUGGAGAAGUUUGUUGGAACUGUCACAGUUUAGGUGCAUGGUCGCAACAAAGCGAAAAGUGCAUCCAGCCCAGAUGGAAAUAAUUUGAAUAGACAAUCGACGCGGUGUUAGAAAGACAUUAAAUGCUUCUAAAAUAUAGGCUACUGUCCUGACAAAAUGACCCGUUUGGACUGCGGGCUUCGCGCCUUUGGACAAGGAGUCUCCCCCAUUCACUUCUUCAUCGCACUUCUGACGGUCCUGGAAAACUGCAAAGCGUUGGGAUUAUCACAUGACACAGAGAGAUUUCUGCAGGAUCUGCCUCAGUAUGAAGUGGUUCACCCCACUAAAGUGGAUGCCAGAGGUCACUUCCUGUCCAACUUCCUGUCUCACCAUGCUCGCCGUGUACAGCGCCGGCAAGCCUCGGAGGGACCAGCGGACUUGGAUCGGGUCUUCUACCAGUUUUGGCACGGCAACCACAGUUUGCACUUUAACCUCACCCUCAACCCACACCUGCUGGCGCCGGGCUUCCUGACAGAGAGGAGGUAUGGUGGCCUGGAUGGGGCCCGGAUACAUCCUACUGGAUCCUCCCCGUGCCAUUUCUUAGGUGAAGUGUGGUAUGAAGCCACUGUUAAAGGAAGUGCAGCCAUAAGCACCUGUGAUGGACUGACAGGACUGUUCAAGUUGUCUGAUGAAGAGUUUUUCAUUCAGCCUCUGGAGAAGUCGAGCGAUGAAGCCUCAGCACCACAAGCCCAUGCCAUCUACAAACGCCAUGCGUCCCCUCCCUCCGGGAGUCCAGUCGUACAACCCAUCUCAGGGAAACAAGCUUUCAACGGCACCUGUGGAAUCAAAAAUUCCCAUCAAAGUUUUGAAGAUAUUGAGAGACAGCGGGAGCGAUGGGAGCACCGCCAGCAGAGAAGAAGGAGGAGAAUUCGUCAACGUUCAGUCAGCAAAGAGAAGUGGGUGGAAACGCUGGUGGUGGCUGACCCUAAAAUGGUGGAGUAUCAUGGGAGCAAAGCUGUGGAAAGCUACGUCCUCGCUGUCAUGAACAUUGUGGCAGGUCUAUUCCGAGAUGCCAGUAUUGGGAAUGCAAUCAACAUUGUGGUUGUUCGACUCAUCAUACUGGAGCAGGAUGAGGAUGACUUAAAGAUUACACACCAUGCUGACAACAGCUUGAACAGCUUCUGUAAGUGGCAGAAGAAACUCAACAUGAAAGGUGAUGAACACCCGCUGCACCAUGAUGUGUCAGUUCUGCUCACCAGGAAGGACAUCUGUGCAGCCAUCAACAUGCCUUGUGAGACUCUGGGUCUGUCCCAUGUGGCGGGGAUGUGUCAGUCACAUCGCAGUUGCAGUAUUAGUGAGGACACAGGCCUCCCAUUGGCCUUCACUGUAGCUCACGAGCUGGGACACAACUUUGGGAUGCAGCAUGAUGGCAACGGUAAUGACUGUGAACCCAUUGGGAAACAACCUUUCGUCAUGUCUCCACAGCUCCUGUACGGCACCUCCCUGCCCAGGUGGUCACGCUGCAGUCGCCAGUAUAUCACCCGCUUCCUAGAUCGCGGCUGGGGCUGGUGCCUUGAUGAUGCCCCGGUGAAGGAUAGGCUGUCUCUGAACUCGAUGCUUCCUGGGGCUCUGUACAGCGCUGCCCAUCAGUGUCGGCUGCAGUAUGGAUCUGGGUCCCUGCUCUGCGAUGACAUGGACAAUAUAUGCAGCACUCUGUGGUGCACUGUGGGAACGACCUGCCACUCAAAGCUGGACGGGGCUGUGGAUGGGACCAGUUGUGGUGAGGACAAGUGGUGUUUCAGUGGAGAGUGUGUAGCAGUUGGAUAUCAGCCAGAGGGUGUAAAUGGUGGCUGGGCAUCGUGGAGCGAGUGGUCGGCCUGUUCCAGGACGUGUGGAGCUGGAGUCCUGAGUGCCCACAGAGACUGUGAUAACCCUGUUCCAAAGUACAGAGGGAAGUAUUGUCUGGGAGAGCGACAGAGGUACAAAAUCUGUAAUGCCAUACCAUGUCCUCAUGACCUGCCCACCUUCAGAGAUAUCCAGUGUAGUCACUUCAACACAGUGCCAUACAAGGGCAAGUUCUACAAGUGGGAAGCAGUCAUCAGCACAGUCAACCCUUGUGAACUGCACUGCCGUCCACUGAAUGAACAUUUUUCUGAUAAGAUGCGGGAUGCUGUCAUUGAUGGGACACCGUGCUACGAAGGCAACAAAAGCAGAGAUAUGUGCAUCAAUGGGAUCUGUAAGAAUAUAGGUUGUGACUAUGUGAUUGAGUCCAGCGCUGUAGAGGAUCGCUGUGGGGUGUGUCAUGGUAAUGGCUCCACCUGUACAACUGUGAGGAAAACAUUUGAGGAGAGUGAAGGACUUGGCUAUGUAGACAUUGGACUUAUCCCAGAGGGAGCCUGGGACAUCCGCAUUGAGGAAGUGGCUGAAUCUGGGAAUUUCUUGGCGCUACGAAGUGACAACCCCAGCAAGUAUUUUCUGAAUGGUGGCUGGACGAUCCAGUGGAAUGGAGAGUACAAGGCAGCUGGGACAGUAUUCACCUAUGAGAGGACAGGACACCUGGAGAGCCUGACGUCUCCUGGGCCCACCAUGGAACCACUAUGGAUUCAGCUUCUCUUUCAGGAGACCAAUCCAGGAGUGCUGUACGAGUACACAAUUAGUCAAAAUGUCUCAGAGGACGAUAACAUCCCUGCUUCAGUUUUCUUCUGGAAAUAUGGUUCAUGGACUGAAUGCAGUGUUACCUGUGGAACUGGUGUUCAGAGGCAGAUUGUUCACUGUGUGGAAAAGACAACUGGGAUAGUGGAGGAGGACUUCUGUGACCCCUCAACCCGACCUGACGAUAACCAAACCAGCUGUAACAAGGAUCCAUGUCCAGCCAUAUGGUGGGUCGGGGAGUGGCAGAAAUGCUCAGCGAGCUGUGGGAGCUUGGGCCUGACCAAAAGGACAGUGCUCUGCAUCCAAGCAGUAAGUGUUGAGGAGCAGAAAGCCCUGCAGCCCAGUGAAUGUGAACACAUACCCAAACCUGAGUCACUGUCCUCCUGCAACACAAACAUCCCCUGCCCAGCAGACUGGAUCACUGGUAGCUGGUCAAAGUGUUCACUGACUUGUGGAAGUGGAGUACGUCGCCGUAAUAUAACCUGCUCUAGAAACACAGGUGUUGACUGUGACCCCCAAAAGAAGCCCCUUGCUGUCACUACCUGCAACAUCCAGGCCUGUCCACAAGUAGUGGAUAAUUUUGGAGGUAUUGACUGGUCUGGAAGUGGCUGGUCAAGCAAAGAAAUACUCAAUGAAAUUAACUCCAUACCUGAAGUCAAACCUCCUCCCAAAUACAGCACCACCAGAGCCCAGCCAAGAAAUCAUAAUAACCUUAAUAACAUUGUCGAGGGAGAUUUUCACUACCACAAUAACAUUGAAAAUAUUGAUCACUCUCCGCAAAACAGUGUUCAAGUUGAUGAUUUUUACUAUGACUAUAAUUUUAUCAACUUCCACGAAGACUUGUCGGAUGACUUUGAGAGCGAUGGAAGAGAUUCAGGGGACAGUCACGGAUUCAGUGCUCCACAGGAGGCCAAGCCAACCCGCAGUGUGAAAGAAAAUGCUUACAUGGAAACUACAAGAGCUCCCACAGAUACUUCAGGCAUUUCUACAGUUUCAAAGGCCACUGCCUACACUUUGAAAACUGAAGAGCCAGUGAACACAAAUCUGGACAUUAUGAAGGACAGUGGAAAUGCAGCAACAAAGGAGUCUAUGCAAACAGAUUCUGAAAAUUUGGAUGACUUUCUUUCUGAGGAUUAUCUUCUGCCUGUGUCUGCCACUCGCUCACCACCACUGUCUACAACUCAGCAGUCACAAACACUAAAAGAGAGACAUGACAAUCUGCGGUGGCCUGAAAACAUUAGCACAAUGCCUAGUCUGGUUUUCACUACGAAGGAGCCUACACAGGAUGUGAAAUGGGCGCACUAUGGGGAAGAGGCUGAAAAUGACAAUGUCACUGAGGAGGAAAAUCAUACUGAGGAUGUCACUGUCAGAAAACAUGCUGCUCCCACGCCUGGACAUCAAACUAUUACUAAUACUGUUGUCGCUACAACAGUGAGUGCUCAGGAGAUGGAAGAACAUGAUGAUUAUGAGUUCAGUUACAAUGAAAAAAGUACACUUGGUCCAGAUAUCUCUGCAGACCAAGAACAUGUAGAGAGUCCAGGACCUUUAGGCUCUCCCACACCAGGAACUAUAAUUCAGGUUAAGACUGAAGUCCAACUGAACGAGAGUGCUUCAGGAAUACCUCAAACAACCAGUCAAUCAACAAUAUUUCCAACUGCCUUCAUAUUGGAGGAUUUGGACUUGAAUCAGACUAAUUUUGAUACAGUAUAUGCCACUACUCAGUAUUCAUGGGAUACUGAUCCUGACCUCAAUACAACCUCACUUCCUGCCUCUGAGAAAUCCACUCCUCUCCCCAUUCCCUUUCUGCUAAUCUCAGGUAACCAAGAGGCCUCUGAUGACUCCACAACAUUAACUGGAACAGAAACCAUACCUCCUACAAACCUGGAAGGAGCCUCUCAGCCUUCUCCAGCAGAUUUCCUGCCAGCUACAAUGAAACAGAUACCGACAAAACCUGCCUUCACUGAAAGAACUGGAACAGAUUCCACACCCAAAGCUCCAUCCACUGAUUUAGCUGAUUUUGACUACAAUGAAAUAGUCAUUCCCCCGAUGGUGAGGAGCAGCAGCAGCAGUGAUCCUGGCCCUUCAUACCAGCUUCCAGCAAACACAGCAACCACUCCUCAACAUAGCACCACACCAGUACAGCACAUGGAAUCUCCCACACCUGCUGUGUCCAUUUUGUCAACCCAUCCACCUAUUCUUUGGCCACUUCCACUGCCAACAUCUCUCCAAACUUCAGCCUCCACACAAGUCUCUACCGCUGCCUACUGGGUCACCGGAAAUUGGAGCGCUUGCUCCACCAGCUGUGGUCUGGGUGCCAUCUGGAGAAGUUUGGCUUGCAGUACUGGCUCAGACUCUGACUGCGAUCUGGCCAAGAGGCCUGCGCCAGCCCAGCGAUGUUACCUGCGCCCCUGCUCCACAUGGAAAGUUGAGGAAUGGAGUAAGUGCUCCAAGAAUUGUGAAGGCGGCAUUAAAUCACGAGAGGUCCAUUGUUUUGACAUGCGAGAUCAUAGGCCCCUAAGACCGUUCCACUGCCGAGCCAUGUCCUCCAGGCCACAAACUCAAAUGCCCUGUAACCUCCAGCCAUGUCUCGCCUGGUACAGCUCCUCCUGGGGUCAGUGCUCUGAGGUGUGUGGAGGAGGUGAGCAGCAGCGUAUUGUCGCCUGUCCAGAGGAGGAUCGAUGUGACGGGGACCUUCAGCCCAGCAACAUCCAAUCGUGUAAUAGCCAGCCUUGUGCUCAGUGGCUUACUGGAUCUUGGGGACAGUGUUCAGCUUCUUGCGGUGGCGGAGUGCAGCGUCGACUCAUCAAAUGUGUUAACACAAAGGCUGAGACGGAUGAAGAAGUGGAUCAAGCUCAAUGUGACCAUGAGCCGCAGCCUGAGAGCACCCAGAAGUGUAACUUACAGGAGUGCGAGCGCGCCCUCUCUGGAGCCGUUUGUCUUGAUCGGCUAACGUUUCGUUUCUGUCAGACUCUCCGCUGGCUCGGCCGCUGCCACCUGCCCAACGUACGAGCACAGUGCUGCAAAACCUGCAGCCAGCGUUCCCGCUCCAGCAGCACGUCUCGCCGCUGAGGUGCAACAAACACUCAUCAACAGGAACACUGAUUGCAGCACUGAGUGAUGAAAUAUAAAUCAUCAUUUCAAGUCAAUAAUCUGAGCCCUUUCCUGAUUUCCUCACCACUACAGACUAAUCUCUGCAUGGCUGAAAUUAAUUGGAAAUGUAACAAAGUAUAGCCUCUCUCUUAGCAAAACAAUGAGAAUGUAAAUAUUUGUUUGCAAUUUUUAUAUUAUACAGUUUGACCAGGAUGACAUUGUAUGAAUCAAGAUUUCUUUGUAACAGAUACGGUGCUACAUAAGGGGUCUCAGCUUAAUAAUGAUUAUUACACAUGUAGAUAAACCACUCAUUAACCUUUAUGGUUGGUACAAUGCUUUCAUUUUAUUGACAGCAGCAGAAACUGAACAGAUUAAAACAGGUAUACAAUUCACAAUGUGGUUUUAUGUAUAAUGUGGUACAAGUCUUAUGAAGCAAAAAAUAAGGGGUGCAUAAAUGCUUCAUGUGACAUUUAUAAAUAAUUGACCGUUAGCUAAGCCCUGCCCUCCCCCCUUAGUUACUGUUGCUACACCUGUUUUUGAUCUCGCAUGGCACAUAUGCAGUUUACAAUAACAAUGGCAGAUAUAUUUAAACAAUGGUUCCUUGAUUUCAGACAGAAGUAGACAAAAACAGGCUUCUCAUUUCUAGUCCAACUGUCCUUUCGGCCCACUGAAAUGACAACUGUCUGUAGCAAAUUUUAUCAGCUGUAGCUAGCUAACUAAGCUAACAUUAGUUCCACAAGCUGUUUAAAAAUGCCAUCUCAGGCUGACUUUGUAAUGCUGACUCGUUUUGAAACAAGAACCCCUGUUAAUGAGGUCUUAAAUAUUCAUUUGAUGGGUACAUACGUGAUAUUUUGCUAAAACACUGAGGCUAAAGCUGCAUGUCCCAGGCAAAAAGUUAGCAUCUCACCAGCUGAUGAUUCAUGUAGUAAACAUAGAAAUAAAGCAGCAACAUUGUUCUUGUACUGCAGUAUAGAGCUAGUUAGUCUUAGUAUUAUACAUAUGAUAAGGAAAAGUGUAAGCAAGCAGGUUGCUUUAAAUUUGUAUUUUCAAUCCGUAUGUUUUUGCUUUUAAUGUUACAAGAGAAUAGGCUUUAGGGAUGUUGACUACCUGAUGUGUUUGGCAAACGUAACCCUCGGAUAAUGUCUUGGAUAAUGAGUUCGGCUGGGUUUGCUGGAGUGCAACAUUAGCCUAAACUCUGAUGUAGUAUAAUCCAUGAUCCCACACACAUAAUUUGUAACCUCACACAAGAAUGUAUUUAACUUUAUGCUAAUAUUUGCAGCUUACAGUAGAGCACACUGUUUAAUUCAUUCCUUACACUUCUGUUCUUGUGUUUUUCUUGGAAAGGAUAAAAAGACACCACCCUCCAAACUUUUGACAGUAUCACUCUUACUACAGCCCCAUUUACACCGCUUCAACAUGUGGAGAAAUCCAGAGCUUGACAGGCCUGCCAUGCAUAGUUACAGGUGCUAAGCUAUGAUUGGACAAUCACUGUUCGGGGGCGGGGUUUGGCAAACGGUCAGUUGUAAUGUUUAAUGUCCACAGCAGCUUGUAAAAGCCUUUUUUUGUGGUAGUUGUAUCAGUAAUAGUUGUGUAAUGUAACACUUUGUCUUCACCACACACGUUUUUUCAAAGUCACAAAUUAAAAUGUAAAUGUGAAAAGUGGAGCUGCAGGAAAUACUUGGUGCUAGAGGCCACACAGGCUCCAAACAUUUUGGGUCAGGUAUUGGCAGGCCCAGUGCCUUAUCUACUUGAAUAUUGGAUAAUUUGAUGCAUUAUUUUUAUUAACCACUUGAUUGAAAUAUGAGUCAAAUUCAGCAUUUCAGAAUACAAGUUUUUUUCAAGUGAUACUGAAAUUCUUCAAAAUGGAGGGAGUUAUUCGACAUCAGUGUCAUAUCACAUUAGGUUUAGUACAGUGUAUUAAGGUAUUAGGUAUAUUAAGUAUUUUACUUAUGCAACUGUGGUUGCUUUGGAGGAACUGAAUUAUUUCAGACUCUUCAUACUUUCGUCUUUUCUGCUCGUUCCUGGAUUCAGAAUCGUUGCACUGACACAUACAUGUACAGUAUGUAGGCUGCAAUUCAGAGUCUUUUCAGCAGGAAUUGAAAAGCAGCUUAAGCUUAUCAAUGGAGUCCAGCCCAGGCAGCUGCAGUGCCAUCGUAUCCUGUAUUUCUUUAUGCUGUUUAAUGUCUAAUGGUAAAAUAAAUAAAUAAAGAAAUAUGUGUAGAAAAGCUUUUUGAUAUAUUGAACAAAAAAUAAAUUCAAUAAGGAGAAGGGGGGGCGGUCUAUGUUUUGUAAAACACUGUCAGUUGAGAUAAGGUGCCUACAGUAUAGUCUAUGGAUCGUACCAUGAAUAGAGCUUUUGAAGCAGCGCUGCAGCUUUAAAGAAACAUUUCUUUGUUGGAAGAGUGGAAUGUAAACAUGUCUCUGGAGAUGUGGUCUUAAGGCAUUUGUUGAAGGAAAUUAAUCUUACACAAAACCUGUUUGUUGACUAACGUACAUACUUUCCUCAGGCAACUGUAUUCACAAGCAACACAGGAACCAAGUUACAGUUGGAGUGUAGUUACAUCUCACACAGUUAGAAGUCAUAAGUGAUUAUUAUUUGAUAGUGCAGAGUUGUUAUUUACUUUAUGUGUAUUAAAAGUAAAUUAUACUUGCCUUGUCUACCUAUAUUAUGCAUAUAUGUAAAGGGCUGUUUUUUGGCAGAAAAACAAUGAAAGUGUUGUUAUUUUUUUUACAUUGAUGUGUUAAAGUGAAUUUUUCUUUAAAGGUUACAGGUAGGCACUCAAAACAAUUUUCAUAUGUUGCCUUGUUCAGUUUGAUAUGUCAAAAUUAUAUCCAUUUGAUUAUACGAUAAGCCGCUCCCUCCUUGGUUACUGUUGCUAUGCCUGUCAAAUUUUUUAUUCUAGUGCGGCACAUAUGGAGUUUACAGGGAUCAUGGGCAAAAUUAAUUUUUCCAACAAUUGGUCCUUGAUGUCAGACAGAAGUACAUAAUUACUCAUUUUCAGUCAUUGACCAUUGAUUUUACCGGCUGAAAUGAUAACUGUCACUGGCAGAUUUGUAAUAAGUUAGUCAAACCGUUUGAUGUUUCCAACUGAUCCUGCAAAAGGGUCUUUGGUAUGCAUUUGAUGGCUACAUACUAACCCUAUUUGUGACCUCAGCACUCUGUACACUACUUUGUGAUUCGGUCACAUAGCAUUCCCUACACAAACCUCAUCUGUUAUCCAGCAGUGGGUUGUAUCUUAAACAAUAUAUUUGUGUUCUUCCCACAGAUGUCUUCUGUCUGCCCAGAAAGAUCAAAUGCGUGUCCGAGGCAAAACCACCAUUUAAGUUCAAUAUUUUCGCAGACUACUGCCGUGGCUGCGCAACAGACUAAAUGUAGGAUUCAGCUGAAAGGAAGGGUAGAGAGGAGCGGCACAAUCUGUGGAAAUGUUGGAUUAAAAUGUUGGUUUUGCCCUGAGCAAACAUUUGUUCAUUCCAGGCAAAAAGCAGACAUCAGUAACACCACAGAAAUACCUUUGAAGUCCGCUGCUGGAUAACGGAUACGAAAUAACAUUACGAUUUUCCCCCUAAAGUUUGAGUAGGGAACGUCAUGGGACUGAACCAUGACGUUAUGUAUAGAGUGCUGAGGUCACAGAUGGGGCUAAGCUACAUGAUACCAUGCUAUUUACACUACAAUCAUGCAAGAAAGACUGAGGCUAAAAGUCUGUAUCCACCAUGUGUAGAAGAUAGUAUGUUUCAGAUUUACAAAACAACAGGUUUUAUGGAUGAGGAACGGAUUUUUCAAAGCAAUCAGUUGGCUAACUACAAUCUUUUAACCUAGAUUUUUAAUCUACUGUAAACUUCAUUGUGAUGUGUUAUUACAUAUGGAUAUUUAUACACUGUGCUUUAUACUACGAAAUAAAAGUUGUGAAAAAAUGCAAA